AUUAUUGUUAUGAAAUAAAUGGCAGAGCACUGAACAAUAUGGAGUUUUGUUGGCUGAGGAUACUGAUAGGAUUAUUCGUCCUGAGGAAAGAGAACGCUUUCGUCCCCGAGAGAAUUGUCCGCGCUUCUGGGGAGCAGGCCACGCUUCCCUGCGAGUCCGUGAGCCCCCGAACCCGUUGGUUUUGGCUCCCUCUGAGUUCCAGGUGUGCUGAGGUCCAAAGGGGUUACGUAGAAAUAACCUGGAGCCUUACUGGAAAUGAAGUGGCUCCUAUUCGGUUCAAGGAGCGGCUGGCAAACCAGACAUCAGGGUCCCUGGCCCUCCGGAAUCUGGUCAUGAGCGAUUCAGGCACCUACGUCUGCCGUUUGCCCAACGGCUUGGAGACUCGUACCGUGCUGGAGGUGACCGCAGGUACCGGCUGCCACAACAACGUCUUCGUCUCCUUCUGGUGGCUCAACGCCUCCUCUUUGCGACUCAGCUGCCGUCACUGCCGCUCGCCAGGCAACUUCAAGCCAAACUCUUUUCGCUGGAUGCUAAACUCAAAACCGCUGGGCAACGAGCACUGGUUCGAGAAGAGCAAUUUCGGGUCCUUUGUCCAAUUACUGUCCACCCGGCGGAGGGCUUGGGGGCGCUGGGAAUGUCACUCUCUUGCCAAUCACACUUGGGUAUCUGAAAUUUGCUUGGAGCCACCCGUCCGAGAGAAGGGCGCAGGGAGGGAACCGCCAGAAGCCCCUCAGAGCUGGACCUCAGUGUCCGGGCUGAACGAUGGGGGUGAAGACGCUCCUUCAGGUUCUGCUUCUGCUGAGCAGCCUCCCUAUUUGGUGUCAUUUCUCUCGCCAAGUCCUGCCACUGCCAAGACAACGGACGCUGCGCCUGCAGAAGCCGGUGGAGUGAAGGGCACCAAAAUCUGGAUUUGGGCCUUGCUGCUCCUUGGUCUGGCUCUGGUCCUGGCUGCUUUUGGAACAGCCGUGUGGAUGUGGAGGAGGCAGCCAGCAACCAGGAAGCAGAGAGGAAGAAAGGAGAGGGCAGGCUGCGCUUCUGUGAUAAAUCCAGCCAGAGUGAACGAGGAACUUUACAAGAGGAAGAGUCUGGAGGAGGGACCUGCUUCCCUUCAUUAUGCACAACUGGAAUAUCCCCGGAGGAAAUCCGCCUCUGCUUGCACUCAAGACAGCAGCACGGUGUACGCGGUCAUUGUCUGACGCCGUGACUUCCGACACCCACACUUUAACAUUGGCAACCACAACUUCUACAUCUCCUCGGCACAGUUCCUUUUGCUGCUUCCUCUCAAAGCCUCCGGAAACAGUGAACAAGAGGUUCCCACAUAUGACUUUUGCUCCUCAGGCUCCAUGUCCCCAAAAGCCACCCCAGCCUCCUGCUUCCUUUAAACAGG